AUGGUUUUUGCCUUGAGAAAAUUGGGAAUGAAUCUUAUCUCGUUAUGGUUGCUCACCCUGAUGACUCUAACGGCGCAUUCUUCUCUAGUCAAAUGGGUAAGUCCCUUCGUUGAUCUAAACGACCAAGUUCAUUUUGAUACUCAACUUGGAAUGAUGGGAAUUGAAUUUCAUCCAAACUUUGCAAACAAUGAUCCAUUCUUUGCUUCAUUUAACUGUGAUAAAGAUAAGUGGUCUGGAUGUAAUGGAGUAUGUUCUUGUAAUUCAAACGUUGAUUGUGAUCUAUCAAAGCUAGGAAAUGAUAAUGGUGUUCAAUCAGUCAUGAUGGGAGAUGGUGGAGGUUCAGGUGAUCCAUUACGAGGUGCAUCAGAAAUCAACAAACUUGGCCUUUGGAGUAGCUACUCAAGUCCCAAGGAUAAUCUAUUCAGUGAAGAUAAAGAUCUGCAACCUGAAAUAUGGGACUUGGGAUUAAGAAAUCCGUGGCAAUACACCUACAAGUUUCAGAUUUGGCCAUUUCCUGACAUUUUCAUCAACAUCCAAUAUGAUGAGCUUCAAGGAGUGCAAACCUGGAAAGGCAUUUUAUGCGUCUUAGCUGUACCAUUUGGCAUAGUCCAACAACUGAAAAGUGUUACUAUUCUUGAAAAGAUAUCAUUGAGCUGA